GGGGGCGGGGCGUGACCGCCCGGCGCGAUGGAGGCGGCGGAGCUGCGGGUCGGGUUCGUGGGCGCCGGGCGGAUGGCGGGAGGCCUGGCCCGGGGCCUGCUGCGGGCAGGGAAGGUGCCAGCCAGCAGCGUCCUGGCCAGCGCUCCCUCGGACAGAAACCUGGAUGCGUGGCGGGAGUUGGGCUGCCGGACCACGCACUGUAACCUCGAGGUGCUGCAGGAGAGCACCCUGGUCUUCCUGGCCACCAAACCCCACGUCCUGCCAGGCGUCCUGCAGGAAAUCCGUCCCGCUGUGGGACCCCACCACAUCGUUGUCUCACUGACGGCCGGCGUCACCCUCCAGACACUGCAGCGGCUUCUCCCCGCCGGGACCAAGGUGCUGCGGCUCAUGCCCAACCUGCCGUGCGUGGUGCAGGCAGGGGCGAUGGUCUUUGCCCGGGGCAGCAGUGCCGGUGAUGGCGAAGCUGCCCUGCUGAAGAGCCUGCUGUCCUCCUGCGGGCUCUGCGAGGAGGUCCCCGAAUCCUACAUCAACAUCCACACCGGCCUCAGCGGCAGCGGCGUGGCCUACGUCUACCUGUUUGCUGAAGCUCUGGCCGAGGGAGCGGUGAAGAUGGGCAUGCCGGGCGGCUUAGCCAGCAGGAUCGCGGCUCAGACGCUGCUGGGUGCAGCGAAGAUGAUGCUGGAGACGGGGGAGCACCCGGCGAAGCUGCGAGGAGAUGUCUGCACGCCCGGGGGCACCACCAUCCACGCCCUGCACCAGCUGGAGAAGGGUGCGCUGCGGGCCACCGUCAUGAACGCGGUGGAGGCGGCCACCAACCGGGCAUGCGACGUGGCCGAGGACUAGUGGCCUGGCUGGGGAUGAGCCCCUCCGUCCUGCCCCGGCAUGGGGCAAGAGGGGCGAUGGGGAACAGACCGAACUUCUCCAGGGACCCCCGAUGCCCCCCCGUGAGACCCUGACCGGGGGUGGGAGAUGGUGUGGACCCACGUCCACGCCACGUGCUACCUCCGCAGGGCUGGGACCAAAUAAACGUGGGCAGCACGA